UUUCAUUCCGCUUCCUCCCAUGAAAGUUGCCAUUGCACUGUGUGCCGUCGUCGCCACCGCCGCCGCCCUACCAGAAAUUGUCGGCGGUGUCGAAACUGCCAAGGGGAAGCACUCGUACGUGGUUGGCUUGCGAACGUCCGCGGAUGACCGUAACAAGUGCGGCGGCAGUUUGAUCGCCCCCAACGUCGUCCUGACUGCGGCGCACUGCACGGACAAUGGUCUCGACUACGUCUCGAUUGGGUCGCACUACCUCAGCGGCACGAGCGACGGCGAACAAAUCAAGGUCAAGGAGAAUAUCAUCCACACCAAGUACAACAGCACCACCGAAUCGUACGACUUUGCCAUCUUGAUCCUCGAACGGGACUCCAAGUUCUCGCCUGUGGAAGUCUCGUUCGACAAUGUCGUGGCGGGCACCCCCACGAUCGUCCGUGGUUGGGGAUACACGAGGUUUCAUGGGGAACAAUCGAACGUGUUGUUGGAAGUCGGUGUCGAUACGAUUAGCGACGAACUAUGCACCAAGUGGUUGUCUCGCUAUGUCGUGGACGAGAGCAUGGUCUGCGCGGGCGGCGAGGGCGGCGCAGACGCGUGCAAAGGCGACUCUGGCGGACCCAUGACUGUGGAAAUCAACGGCACGGAAAUAUUGGUGGGCCUGUCCAGCUGGGGCAUCCAGUGUGCCAGAAAGGAAUUGCCGGGAGUGUACGGUCGUAUCUCGAUGGCUCGUGACUUCAUCGAACCGCACUUGAUGCAUUCCCCGGCAACGUCGCCAAAACUAACUGGUCGUAUCUCGAUGGCUCGAGUUUCCAAGGAGUCGCACUUGAAGCACUCCCCAGAAAUGUCGCCCAAGUUUUGCUAGAGUGCUUCUGCAACUUUGCAUCCACCGACAGCUGCUUGCGCGACUUCACCAAGGAUGACUGCGACUGCUACAGCGCAACUAUGGCUCCACAUGAUGUGACAACUAUGCCACCGAGUUGUGCAAUGUUCCGUUGCCUUGGACCAAGAUUGACGAAUGGACAAGGUUUAAUGGUAAUACUCGUUUGCAUUUGCUGCGAAAGUUGCUUCGAGUUUCUGAAUGGGCACUUAUAACCGUGUCCCACGACUUCACGCUGGAAUAGCGUAACACGACAUAAACCUGUACAGAAUCACCUGCAUGC